UGGACUCGCGGGAGUUUGCGAGGCGGACCUUCAUAAGCUUGUUGGUCUGGCAGUCUUUGAGUGUUUAGGUGCCUGUUUAUACGUUAAUUACCUGCAGUUAGUGACUCAUUUGUCAGAAAAAGAUGCAUGAUGCCAGUAAGGGGCGACAAAGUACAGAAGCGGGUCAAUGAACGGGGACGGAACUAUAAUGUAGAGCGUGACAUCAUUAACCUUGGCCUGCUGGGAAGAGAGCACCAUGGACAGCAAAACUCUUAUCUGGAUAUGGAGGAUUGGGAGGAGAUCGAGGCAUUACUGGAGAGGGAGCAACAUUUACUGGGCCAACAUCACCACCGCUCUGAUCCCACCAGCGUCAACCUGCUCCACAGCCCAGAUCAAACUCUACGACCUCCCAUAGAGACCUUACCACGACGAAGCCACACUCCUCGUACCAUUCCAAGAACACACGGUAGUUUAUCAGUGCCCCUGAACCAGUUGUCUUCAAUCUUGCUCAACAUGACAUUUUCUGAUGCAGAAGAGGAUCAUCAGGGCUCCAGAAGUGCAAGGGAGGCAUCACAAAGCACUGGAGCUGGAGGCAACGACCGAGAGCGCUCUACUAGUCGGUCUCGGACAGAAUCAGGGGUGAGUAAUGCUUCUACUGCCUCCUUGGUCACUCCAUCCUCCUCAGGUCCAGCAGCCAAUGGCCAUACUCUUGCUGAAAGCUCCUCCAGGGCUUCCACUGCUGAAGCAUCGGGUGCAUCAAAUCUGGAGAUGUCUAAUGCUGUCCAGAGCGUCUCGGUUGCUGAUAUGAAGGGUGUUGAUAGUAAGAAAAUCAUGGAGAAGCUUCAACAGAUCCAGGGUUACAUCCAGCAGACCACCACAGCUAUGACUGCACUAGAACAACAAGGUGACACGGGCUCCCAAAGUGACAUAUACAGCAGAUUUGUUACUCUGAACAAGUCUCUGCAGCACCAGGAGGGAGAGUACCUGGACAUCUUGGCUCGGUCACUUGUGCUCAACAAGGCUGCUGCCCAAGUGGCCAAUGGGUGCCCAAACAAUGAGUCAGUAACUACACCAGUCAAUGGUAGAGAGGAAACGGAUGAAGAAGUUCAUAGCAGUGGUAGCAACAGAGUAGUAGGAGUUGUUGGCCCAGGAAAUGUUGCAACACUGCAGGAACGCUUAGCUGCCAGCCAAGUGGAAUCGGCUGCAAUCAUGGGCCGUAUGAGGGAUAGUAUUGCCCGUCGAGAAGAUCUUAUGGUUCGUUACAAGGCUACGCGUGAGAGAUUAGAAAACCUCAAAAAGCAACAACAGAAUAUGCGUAAUCAGGAGCAGCAACAAGCACCUCAGCCAUCAGGGGAUAAUGAAGAGCCAUACGAGGACCCUAUCCCAGGAGUGGAAAAUUGGUCCACAGAUGAAAUUAAUCAGGGCAUUGAGGAAUUUCAGGCUCUCUUUGACAAAGUGGAUCGUCUUCAAGGGAUGUACACAAUCAAGGCUCAGAAUGUUGACCCAGAGGAUGAGGAAGCCCAGGCAUCUGUGGCCAAUAAGCUGAGUCAACUUGCAUCAAAGCGAAGAUUACUCAUUGAUACAAUUGCAAGGUUGCGUAGAAUUCAGCAGCAAAGACAAGGUGAAGCAGAUUCUGGAGAUGGUCCACCAGGAUCCCAGAGAAACUCCACAGUGCCAGUAGAGACUCCAGAAAGCAACCAGAGCACUGUUACUGGAGAAGGCCACUUAAUAGUUUCAGAACCAACCCCAAGGGCAUCCACUCAUUCUGGUGAAGAUAUUUCUCAGAUUAAUCUCAACUCAGCAGCUAGUAAUGUUGCCAUGGUAUCAGAUGAGAUCUCGUCAAGACAGAUGCAGCUACAGACUCUACAACAGCAGUUGGGUGACAUGAAGAAGCUUCUGGAUGUCACAACUGCUGCUCGAAAAGAAGAUGAGAGAAGGAUGAUUGAAUCCCAAAAGCGCUUAGAGGAAGCUGAGGCUGCAAAAGCCAGGCUUGCGGCAGCCAGAUCUGAGACUGAGAGGGUCUCAGCUGUGGAGGGAGCAGUGGGUGGAGAGGUGAUAGAAGUUGCUGGCCGAAAAAUCUUUCUAAGUGAAGCCGAGAGACAGAACCCUGAAGUGAUGAAGAAAUACCAAGAUAUCUCUAAGGCCAAGGAAAGGCUGAACAAAAUGGAGGAGGUGAUGGAAAUGAUUGCAUCUGCCAAGAGGAACCAUCAGAACCUAAGAGAAGUCAUUCCACCAGACUACCUGGCCAUCCUUGAGGAAGCUGAGGCUGAAAGGGAUGAGGCUGAGGGGGUUACACGACGUCCAGUGCCAGAGGUCACCUCGAUUAAGGAGGAGCCUGAAGAGGAGCUCAGGUCAUCCAGAAGACAUGUUCGUGCCUCUCGAAUGGGCAGUGCAAGUCGCAGUGACAUGUCGACUUCAUUGGGUCGCAACGAGCGAGAUCACCGCAUGCAAGAAAAGGAGAACAGUGAUAUAUCUGCUAUGCAAAAGCGAUUGAAUAAGACAAGCACCAGAGUUUCGGCUAUCAAUGAAGGAUCAAAGCAUGGCCAUGAGAAAGGGGCAGUUAAGAAGCAACCACAGGCUCUGUGGGACGAAGGCAACUCUGGCGUAGACCCUCGCGUUUCAGAAAUGUUAGCAAUGCAAGAAGAAUUGCGACAAAAGAAAAAUGCUCUUGAAGCCCUCAUGAAGCGUAUGGGAAAGUCUUCUUCACUCAAUAUGGACAAUAUAUCAGACAACAUCUCCGACAAUGUCUCUGAGACAUCCGACAGGCUGGAUGGUGGUAAUGGUACAACUGCUACCUGGGGUACAGCUGGGCUCCAUGAUUAUUCUGAUAAUCAUUAUCAGCAUUCUAGUGAUGAAGAUUUGAUAGAAGAAGAAAAUGAUGAUGGUGAGGCUCCCACACGUUCCCAUCGCCGCUCUCAACAACCUUCUGGUCAACCCAAAGACCGCAAUCGCCACUCAGCAACCCGCCACCGUCGUCGUCAGGACUCUGGACGUUUUUCAGUUAAUAACCUGACCACAGCCCACUCUGGACGUCCUAAGCACAAUCGUCUUAGGGGAAGUAGUGUUCCUAAAGCUUCAUGGGAAGCAGUGGGCACUAUGGAAGGGGCCAGCUUCAAGUCCCCCUCCAAUACCACACUUCAAGCACACCAGACUCUUGGUGCAGCACUCUCUCAGCUGAGCCAAGUACAAGGAACUAUCAACAACCUGCAGGAGAGUCUACGGCAAGAGCAAAAUCAGGUUCUAGGCUCUAUCCCUAGUCCUUAUAGCCAGUUUUUGCCUCAAUAUGUUUCUGAUCUCCCAUCUGCUGGUGUGACACCCUCGUCCUUGUCAAAUAUUUCUGGGAUUGGCGUCACUACGAGUGGAGUUCAGGCCCUCACUCCCAUGUCUCCAUAUGCUGGAUUGGGAUCUCUGGCUAUGGGUGGUCAAGUUGGAAAUGAAAGCAGUGGACCAUUAAACCAGCAGGUGAUGAUGGGACUCCAGCAGUGUUUCUCGCAGCUCCACCUCCACUCGCUAGAAAUCCAGGCCCUAAGCAAGCACCUUCAGCUUCUUGAUAGAAGGGAACAAGUGGACUCGAUUCCAGUGCCUGAUUCUGGGAAUGGACGAGUAGACAGAAGAGGAGCCAGGGCAGGAACAAGACGGAGCGAAGAGGAGGAGGAGGAAGAUGAAGAUGAUGAUGAUGAUGAGGAGGAUGUAACAGCUGGAAGUCGUCCAUCAUAUCCACUGCAUCACAAUCUUCUUGCUGCCUCGCUUACACGGGAUGGAAAGGAGAGUGUAUCCCGAGUGCCACAGAGCCUUUCUUUUCCUCUGUUCCUUGGUCAGUCUGGUGAAGGGGAAAGUCACUCAACAGGGGUCACAAACCCAAUAUAUGGUCGUUUAGGAGAUAUAAGGGAACACCCAGGAACAUGGGGCUCACAUGCUCCAACACCUGGUACUGAACCUCCCUCAGAGCAACUGGCCUCCAUGUUGGGAGUAGCAGGGAUUGUAGACAGCAGCCCAUCACAUCCCCUCCUUCACUUAGAUCGUAUGAGUGAGGAGAGGCCUCAGUCCCAGCCUCCAGAUGACCAUCACUGGGCAACAUUACCAUCUGCACAUCCACUUCAUCAUCAGACUACAGACCUUCUCAAUAACCAGGUUCCUCCUGGAACUCGAGCCAACAACUACUGGGACAAUUUCCGCAGUUAUUCUCGGCAAAACCUUCUCUCAACGGCAACUAAAAGCAAUACUAGUGACCACCACCCAGCACAAACUGCUUCCACCUCUGCUGCAACACACAGUGGUACUACUGGUCUCCACCAGUCUAGGGAUGGCAGUCGCAUAGAGGAUAAGCGGUUCAAUGUUGCAGUGAGCCACAACAACAAUAGCAGUAGUGGGGCUGGUGCACGGGCCCGGGUGACCAACCCUCACAUCAAUAACCCCAGGGGAGCCAACCCCAGGGUCAGAAAUCCAGUUUCCUCAAACUCUCAACAAGUCCAUGGCCAGAACAAACACAAGACAAAUAAUCGAAAUAAACAAAGUGGGUGGUGGAUGCCAAGUUCUGGAGUCAAUGUGCCUGGUUCAAAUGCUCCACUAAGUGCAGGUUCUGCUGGAAAUUCUAGAGAUCGUAGCUCUGUUAAUUACAACUUUGUGCGUGGCAAUAGUACUGAUAGUGAUGGUGCUGGUGCCUUGACUCUGGAGGUCUUAAGAGAAGCAGAAGCUUUGAUGCGUCGUCAUGCCAACCAGCCAGAGUUUCUGCUUCAACUUUUCCGUCAUGCCUCACAGAUCACUGUGCACACUGACCAGCAUGUGGCGGUGGCUUUACUUCAGGAUCUGGCAGCACAGCCACAUGGAUCCAAUCAUGGGGUGAAUGCCAAUAGACCAAGCAGUAACAAUGAGACAAACAGCUUGUCUUUACCGGCUCCAUUGCGAGAUUCUUCAUGGCAUCAACAGACCUCUCCUUCUCGUCCUCAUAAUAUUUUGCCCCAGGAAAAUGUGAGUGUUGUGGGUCUCUCAGGUUCAGAGGUCAGUGACAGUGGCCUAACAUCCGAAGAUGAGGACAGCAGGGCCCUCUACCGCAAUGUUAAAAACCUCAGCCUGAGUCCAAGUGGUCAAGUGGGGCUGUCUGGUGCCAUACCCCGGGCCACACCAGGAGUGAACUCGAGCAGCCACCCUCGACCCCGGUUUCCUCAACCACAACAGUAUCAGCCACAAUUUCCCCAACAUAACUACCAAUACUUUCCCCAACAACAUAACCUUGCCAACAACCAGGGCAGUAGCCGUAGUGUUGCCAACUCUCAGAGCUCCCUCUAUGAUCAUCUAAUCUUCAACGAUUCCCACGUGAGCACUGCUCAUCCCCAGCAGGUUGUGGAGGAGUGGAUGUGCCGCAGCGAAGGAGGGGAUGCAAGAGGAGAAAAGCUGCAAAACCCGCCAGAAACAGUUGGUUCCUCACCCGAAGAUGCCCAUCACAUUACACACCCACUAAAUAAUGACACCGAGUACUUAACAUUUGAGAGCGUGGUAUCGGCAGCAGUGAGGACAAGUGUGGAGAUAUUGCAGAGCCAAGCUGGUGGUACACUGGCAGCAGGCGGCACAGUGUCUCCUCACUUGCUGGCAUCACUACACACCACACUCAUUGCUCAGAUUCAAGCCCAAGCUCAAUCUCUUCAGCUACCUCAGAGUUUCCUGUUCUCUGUUGACACUGAACUGAAGGACACACUGCAAACUUUCGCUGGGAAAUUAUUACUAGAAGUAAGCAAUGAUAUUCCAUCAGUAGUGUCACAAGUGCUGCUGACACAGUAUUGUAGCGUGCUGGUCCAGCGACUGCGGGACAACCACCCAGUGCUGCCACAGACGCCCACCAAGCUGCCUCAGAGCAAAGUUUCGAUAAGUGAAACUGGUGCUGGAAAUGUAGCUUCUACCUCGUCUACAUCUCAUGGGCGGCACACCCAGGAGAACACUACUGCCACUCAGACCGAGUCUAGUGUGUUCUCCCUGACACCACACCAACAUGCUGGUCUUAAUCAUGCUGCCGAAUUAUCACAUAGGUCAAACCAUCAUGGAUCUCGUACAUUCAGUUUAACAUCAUCUACAGGUUCCUCAGUUACACAUGGCUCUGCUCAUUCCUCACACCUUUCAUCACAUGCAGUGGCUCAUGCCUCUGUUCCAUUAUCAUCUCCACAUCCACCUCCUCACAUAACUGCUUCUAUGUUCCAGUCCUCAUCUUCAGGUAGUAGUCAGUGGCAAGUUCCGCUUUCAGCACCAUUACCCUCACCCAAUGAAAAUGGGGCCAGUGUUGAGACUCUGAUAGACAAUUCUAUCAAUUCUAUGAAUGCUCAUCAAACUUCUCAGCCAGAAUCUUGGGCAGCAAGCCUUAGUAGUGUUGGACAGUUGACAACAGAAAGCUCUGCACCAGCAUCACGACCUGACUCUAGAGUGGCAAAUAAUGCAGGCCAAGCAAAUAGUGGAGCUGUAACAGAAUGGGAAGAGCCGGAACAUGAAGAAGCAAUGAUGGAUGACAUUGUUGAACCUACCUUGCCCGUACAUGACUUAGCUGAAGCAGACCAGUCCCAAGAUGCAGGGGAUGCAGCAGAGGGUGACUGGGAAGACUCUCAGGCAGAGGGAAUACAUGCGGAUGGUGCAGGUGCCGUUGGUAAUACCAACCCUCAACAUUCUGCUUGGAUACAGCCUCGAGAAAAGUCCUCUCAGCACUUGGAUGCAGAAGGCAUGGUAGAGUGUGAUGCAGAUGCGGCAGAGGGCACCAGUCAUGGGGCUGUUGGCCACCACGGGUAUGCAGAACACCGCACUCAAGGGGCAGCCAGAGAGUUAGAACUGGAUGAGGUUCCCACUAAGCUACAAAGUCCUGAAGGAGGGUCUCCAGGAGGAACUCCAGAGCACAAGUCAAGUGCACCACAUCAUCAGUCGAUGCCUCCCUCCCAUGGUGUGCAGCCACCCCACUCUCCAGGAAGUGAAGGGUGACCUAAACAGCUAUAUGAAUGCUCUUCCAUGAUUUGUCAGAAGAAAACCAAAAAGUCAUCUGAAAAUAAAAGUGAAGAUGGGAAAGUUAAGUGCUACAAAAUGGCAGACAAAAUCAUCCUAGAAGUAGAUGAGUCUAGUGAUGAAGAAGGAAGAGCAAACCAAGCAUGUGUGGUGUCUAGUCCAGUGCUGAUGUUCGGGUCCUGCCUCGUAAGCUUAAUUACUGUCCUAUUGUGCAAGAUGCGCACAAAUCACUAGAAAUGUAUGGCUUAGCAUCUUAUUCUUGACAGCCAAACUAUAUAAUAAGGAUUUGUCAGCUAUUAAUUUACAUUUAUUAACAAAACAGUUACUGGAUGCAGUUGUUAAUUCAUAUUCUGUAUGGCACAUUGAUGAUAUCUUGUUGUAGUCAAUAAGUCGUAUUCCUUACAUGAAUAAUAUCUUGUUGUAGUCAAUAGGUCAUAUUCUCUACAUGGAUGAUAUCUUGUAGCCAGUAAGUCAUAUUCUCUACAUUGAUGAUAUCUUGUUGUAGCCAAUAAGUCAUAUUCUCUACAUUGAUGAUAUCUUAUUGUAGCCAAUGAGUCAUAUUCCUUACAUGGAUAAUAUCUUGUUGUAGCCAAUGAGUCAUAUUCUCCACAUGGAUGAUAUCUUAUUGUAGCCACACAUUCAUACAUGGAUGAUAUCUUGUUGUAGCCAAAAAGUCAUAUUUCCUAUAUGGAUAAUAUCUUGUUGUAGCCAAUGUCUUCCUACAUGAAUGAUAUCCUGUAAGCAAUAACUCAUAUCAUUCAUGUAGGGAAUAUGUUGUUGUAGCCAAUAAUAGGUCAUAUUCCCCUACAUGGAUGAUAUCUUGUUAUAACCAAUAAGUCAUAUUCCCUACAUGGAUGAUAUAUCGUAACCAAUAAGUCAUAUUCCCUACAUGGAUGAUAUCUCAUUGUAACCAAUAAGUCAUAUUCCCUACAUGGAUGAAAUCUUGUAGCCAACAUUUUCAUGCAAGUUUUGAUUUGUAUUGAACUUUACCAUUCUCAUAUUUUGCUUUCUUUUGAAUAAUGAUGUAUUAUCAGCAUUUAUGUGCCAGGGCUCUCAUAUCAAAAGACCUGUGUAAGCAGUAGCCUUUCAUUUUGAAAUGCCUUUUGUAGUGGUUGAUAAAAGCAUAUAUGUGAUGUAUGAGUCACAUUUUUUUGAAGCAGUGUACUUUCUUGAAGCAGGGUACAGCUUGAAGUAUACUUGAAGCAGUGUACAGCUUGAAAGUACUUUCUUGAAGCAGUGUACAGCUUGAAGUGUACUUUCUUGAAGCAGUGUACAGCUUGAAAAUACUUUCUUGAAGCAGUGUACAGCUUGAAAGUACUUUCUUGAAGCAGUGUACAGCUUGAAGUGUACUUUCAUGAAGCAGGGUACAGCUUGAAGUGUACUUUCUUGAAGCAGUGUACAGCUUGAAGUGUACUUUCUUGAAGCAGUGUACAGCUUGAAGUGUACUUUCUUGAAGCAGUGUACAGCUUGAAGUGUACUUUCUUGAAGCAGUGUACAGCUUGAAGUGUACUUUCUUGAAGCAGUGUACAGCUUGAAGUAUACUUUCUUGAAGCAGUGGUAAUCUGUUUUCGGCAUCCAAAUGAUGAACACAUGCAGAAUGUUUCGUUGGUGCAUUUAUGUUGGCAAUGUUAGUAAACAAUACUGAAUGAAUCCA